AUGGCACAGAAAAAAACAAACAAGAAGCCAAUUGAAAAGAAAUCGACAGAGGAAAAGAAUGCCAUUGUAGGCGAGAAGGAAACAGUGGAAAAGAAGCCCAAGCGUGGGAAGAAGCUUCCCAAGGACGUUGGCACCGCUUCCGGUGACAAGAAGAAGAAAAAGACGAAGAAGAACAUUGAGUCUUACAAGACCUACAUCUUCAAGGGGCUGAAGAAUGUCCACCCCGACCUUGGGAUCUCUAGUAAGGCCAUAGGGAUCAUGAAUAACUUCAUCAAUGACAUCUUUGAGAAAUUGGCACAAGAGGCUACCAAGCUUGCCCACUAUAAUAAGAAGCCAACGAUUACUUCCCGAGAGAUUCAGGCCGCUGCCAAGCUUGUAUUGCCUGGCGAAUUAGCUAAACAUGCAAUUUCUGAGGGAACCAAGGCGGUGACCAAGUUCACAAGUACUUAAAAAUUUGUUAUUCAUAAUUGGCCCUCUUUUAUUUGACCUAGGGUUAGG